AUGUUUUAUUUAAUCUGUAAGAUUCCAGAAAAGAACUGGCUUCAUCUUCUUACAUUAAUCCAGUUACCCUACGGAACUAAAAAGGAAACGAAAAUUCGAUUAGCUUCUCUUCCAUUCCAUAAAUUCAAAUGUGGUGAAAAAGGUUUGCGACAAAAUGGAGAAAUCAUCAUUGCUUAUUGCUUCAAUCACAUUUCUUCUACUAAUAUCAAGAUCAAACGGGGAUGCUAG